CCGGAACAUGGGCGAAACAGGGAAACUCCUCAUGGAUAUCAUCAGCGCCGUUAACGAAGCCACCAAGGAAGUGGUUAAGAUGAUAAUUGGGAGUAAUGUUCAUGACUGCAAGUUACGUCAUUGAGGUUGGGGAAAAGUGGGAUGCUGUCCUCAAACUGGGAAAGUUUACAGCAGUGGUUAUUACUGGGCUGUUCAUCCAUGCAGGAGUAAUUUUACCACUGAUCUAUGUCAUGUUUGUGAGACAAAACCCCUUUCCCAUCAUAAAAGCCGUUUUUCCGGCCUUGCUGAGGACCUUGCUCAUCUCACGCAGCCAUGCAGUCUCACUGACUUAUACGUGCUGUGAGGAAAUAAUCAAGGUUGACAAAAGAAUCACUCGCUUCAUGCUGCCUAUUGGGAUCAAUGCCAAUAUGGAUGGAACAGCCCUUUAUGAAGUAGCUGUGGCAGUUUUCAUUGCCCAGCUUAAUAGCAUGAGAUUAAACUGGAGCCAGCUAUUUAGCAUUGGCGUGACAGUGGCAUUGUCUGCUAUAGGAGAAGCAGGAAUCCCAGCUACCGGAAUGGCGACGACUCUCUUCAUUUUGACAGUAGUUGGGAUUCCUGUGAGGGAUGCUUCCCUUUUGCUGGUUAUAGAAUGGUUGCUAGAUCGCUGCAAUGCUACUGUUAAUGUUCUGGGAGACUGCGUUGGUGUGGCGCUUGUACAGCAUUUGUCAAGACAAGAACUGCAAAAAAUGGACGAGCUAGGAAUUCACCAUCCCAGAGACCGGACAUCAAAAUGUGACAUUGAGGAUAUCCAUUCAGCCUACCAACAGCCACGAGGUUGUUACGUCGACACAAAAGCAAAAUGAACUGCCUGGGGUUGUCCUGUAACCGCAGCUUGAAGGAUAUUUUCCUUGGGAACAUGGACUGCAGUGGAACAUAAUUUUAUGUUGUUGUUAUUCUGUUACUCUUUUAUUAAAUUUAAUUUAUUUUUAUGGGUUCUUGGAAAUAAGCCCCAAUGAAUUGUUUGAUAUAUUUGGAGUGCAACUAUAUCAACUGUAGUAUUUAUUUAUUUCUUACUUGAAUUUAUUUCCCAACUUGUAUUUGUGUGUAUUUUGUCUUUUUUAUGCAGCAUAAAAAGAUGUAGCCUGGAAAGUAAUUGUAACUUAUACAAACUCGCUAAUA